CCCAUCCAUUGAAGACAUUAGGAAGAGGGCAUCACUUGAAUUCGAUCCUGUUUCUGCUGCAGCAGCACAAGCCAUGGCCACCAAGCUCGCCUCUCCGGCCGCCGCCAUGACCGCUCUCCCGCAUUUCAGCGGCCUUAAGGCCCUGCCGUCUUCAAGAGUGACGAUGCUUCCGAAGAUCCGGCGAGGAGGGAACGGCGGAGGCGCCCUUGGGGCUCGCUGCGAUGGCUUCAUCGGCUCGCCGACGAACUUGAUAAUGGUGACAUGCACGACCUUGAUGUUGUUCGCCGGGAGGUUUGGGCUGGCGCCGUCGGCGAACAGGAAGGCCACCGCAGGGCUACGGUUGGAGGUGCGUGACUCCGGUCUGCAGUCCGGCGACCCUGCCGGGUUCACCUUGGCUGAUACUUUGGCCUGCGGCGUCGUCGGGCACAUCUUCGGCGUUGGAAUUGUCUUGGGCCUCAAGAGCUUGGGCGUCAUAUAAGAAGAAACAACUGUUUCUUUAUCGCUGCCUGUGUUGUGAUGUCCCUGUUGUGUAGUAGCUGAUUUCUUAUAUAUUCUCCUGCAUUGUAAAAUUCAAUCUCAAGAAUAGAAGCUGAACUGAAGCAGAAUGAAAUUGCUUUUUUACAA